CUGAUGGUCUACGCGACGUACCUAAAAUUCAUAUUGUGGAAAAUUUGAAGUUUGUUGUUUUGGUGACAACUUAUCCAUAAUUAUUUAUGAAAGCUUCGCGCUAAUUACCAUUUCAGGCGCGAGGCAGAUUAAUUCUGUAGCGGUCAGCCUGGAUGCGUUCAGUCACUAACAGUUCGAGCGGUGUACGGUAGCCAUCUUGGAUUCGAACAAAGCUUCAGAUGUGUAGUUUGUCUGUUUAUCAAUAAUUUUUGUGCAUUUCACUGUAAAUAGUUUGUAUGUUUAGGAUAUGUACGGAACGUUCGUCCACAUGUGUACAUAGCUAUGGCUGCGACAAGAAAAUUACAAGGUGAGAUAGACAGGUGUUUAAAAAAAGUAACCGAAGGGGUGGAGACGUUCGAGGACAUCUGGCAGAAGGUACACAAUGCGACGAACAGUAAUCAGAAAGAAAAGUAUGAGGCGGAUCUCAAGAAGGAGAUUAAAAAGCUUCAGAGGCUACGAGAUCAAAUUAAGUCAUGGAUCGCGUCUGGCGAAAUUAAGGAUAAGAGUACACUUUUAGAAUAUAGGAAACUAAUAGAAACGCAAAUGGAGAGGUUCAAGGUGGUGGAACGCGAAACAAAAACCAAGGCAUACUCAAAGGAGGGGCUGGGCGCGGCGCAGAAGCUGGACCCGGCGCAGAAGGAGCGCGACGAGAUGUCGGCGUGGCUCAUCACUUCCAUUGAUGCACUUAACUUACAGAUUGAUCUUUUUGAAUCGGAAGUGGAGUCACUAUUAGUUGGUAAGAAAAAACGCCUCGACAAGGAGAAGCAAGACCGGAUGGAAGAGCUCAAGUUGAAACUGGAGAGGCACAGGUUCCACAUAAAAAAGCUCGAAACUCUACUAAGAAUGCUCGACAACAUGUCUGUGGAAGUUGAACAGACGAACGGCACCUCGCCGACGACAGGGCCAACUGCAGCCGUCGACACGCCACCGUCGAGGAUCCGCAACUGCAACUGGUCGAUGGCUGCAGUUACCUCUGCCGUUGGUUUAGUGCCGUUGAUAAAAAGAAUAAAAGAAGACGUGGAGUACUACAUAGUGUCGUCACUAGAGCCCGGCUACGAAGAGAACGAGUACAUCUACGAAGACAUCAACGGUUUGGACGAGAUAGAACUGAGCGGGGUCGGGCUACCCUCCUCCGCAACCACCGACAGCAACAGUAACGACUCCCCGGGCUCGCCCACUAGCAUAUUAUCAGGAACAAGUCCACUACCAUCACCGGCGUUAGACAUCCACAAUCACACUUCAGACUCCAUAGAAUUAGACAAGAAAAAGAAAGAAGACAUCAUAAUGGCGAAACCGGUGAAGCCGCUGGCGUUGCGCGCGUCCUGCGUCAGCAGUAGCCCCGCGAACGUUAGCAGUAGUUCCUUCCUCACCUCCCAGCUCGGCCUCGGCCCGCAGCUCAACGCGCUCAACCCGCUCAACCUCAACCCGCUCAACCCACUCAACCUCAACCACGCGCACUCCAACGCGCCGAACAAUAGUAUGAACAACACGCACACAGGUGCGUCCGGCACGUCGACGCCCAUCAAACAGCCUGCGCCGCCCUCGCCGCACUUACUCAGGCCCAUUGAAGUAGUGGAGAAUGGUCCAGUCUCGAGCGCGGCGCUGGGCGCGCACCCGCUGGCGCCACACCUGCCACAGCCCGCGCUCUCCUUGCUCUCCGCUCACGUACUGCAGCCAGCCCCCGUGAGUACUCCGCGUGCCACGGUCGGCACACAACUACUGGAGAAUGGUCCAGUCUCGAGCGCGGCGCUGGCGCCACACCUGCCACAGCCCGCGCUCUCCUUGCUCUCCGCUCACGCGCUGCAGCCAGCCCCCACGUCAAAAAGUGCUUCGUCGACGACAAUCGCGCCAAGCGUCGCAAACACGACGUCGGUCGCGAGUGUGGUCAGCGCGACCAUAGCCAGUAUCGCCAGCAUAACGUCCUCCAUGUCGAACGCGUCGUCGCCGCUCACCGUGAACGGGCCCACGCACGCGCCGCACACGCCGCACACGCCGCACGCGACGCAUGCCGCGCACGCGCCACACACGCCGCACACGCCCCACACGCCGCACACGCCCCACACGCCGCAACACAUCGUCAACAAUGGUAGAGUGAGCGAGACGCCGAGCACGCCGUCCCUCAACACCCUGAACGCACUGAACACAUUGAACACGCUGAACACGUUGAACACGCUCAACACCCACAACGCGAUGAACACGAGCGCGAGCGUGACGAGCGUGAGCGCCGCAAACGUGGCGAGCGGCGUCACGGCCUCGCUCAAGAGCAUGGCGCAGGAAGCCGUGCAGCGAGCGGGGCUCGACCACCAUCACACGCAGGACGAUGAGGAAAAGAACGACGCCGUGAUGCGACUACAAGCCGGGCUCACGGUCGGCGGCGCUAUAGGAAGUAACGCGCGGCGCGGGGCGGCGCUGUCCCAAGCACACAUACCUCCGUUAUUAGGAGUCGCGCCAUUAGGACCCCUCCCUCUGAACAACGACCACCAAGUGCAAUUCCAGAUGAUGGAGGCGGCGUUUUACCACAUGCCGCACCCGUCCGACUCAGAGCGCACGAGGGUAUAUCUACCGAGAAAUAUUUGCCAAACGCCCGUCUACUAUAAUCAGGUGCUGUUACCCCACUCAGACUCUGUGGAGUUCUUCCAGCGGCUGUCGACGGAAACGCUAUUCUUCGUGUUCUACUACAUGGAGGGAACUAAAGCUCAGUACCUUGCUGCCAAAGCACUUAAAAAACAAAGUUGGCGGUUCCAUACCAAGUACAUGAUGUGGUUCCAGAGGCACGAGGAGCCUAAGGUUAUCAAUGAGGAGUAUGAGCAGGGCACGUACAUAUACUUUGAUUAUGAGAAGUGGGGCCAGAGGAAAAAGGAGGGCUUCACGUUCGAGUACAAGUACUUAGAGGACCGCGACUUGAACUGAGUGCGCAGCGACCGCCGCCCCCCAGCCCGCCCCGCACCCCCCAGCUGACACCAGGUCGGGGGGCCCGCCCGUUAGCUCCCGCGGACCGAGGACCAAAGGACCUGCGAAGGCGCCACGAAAUUGUAAAAUUUCUCCGUCAUUCCGUUACCGAGUAUUAAGAAUAAUAUUCGCGACCGGUUCGUCCGAUCUCUGUGAUGAUUGAUGAACCGACGCCACAAUCGCGAGUGACAAAAGUGAAAGUGAAAAAAAGUGAAAGUGAAAACCAAAAAUGAAAAAACUUACAAGUGCUCAACGGUUUCCACCCGUCGGUGUGGAAGACUCAGUGCGCGGCAGCCGACCGGAGCCACCGGAUCUUUUGUAUGAUAGUUUCACUCUUCUGGCAGUUUGUUUUUAUUGUUGUAAACGUAAGUAACGAAUUUGUAAAACGAACGAUGAUGCGAAAGAUAUCAUGUGAUGCAAUAAGUAUAGUGCGGCCGUGACCGUCGAACCAUUGUGAUAUCGUUAUAGGAACCCGGAGCGCACUCGGAUGACUCAUUGUGACCGUUUAUUAUACCUUAUUUCUUGCACAAGCAAGGCAUGACAGUCAACAAUAAAGAAGUAUAAAGGUCAUAAAGCUCAUUAGAAUGUGUGGUGAGCAGCGUAUGUUGCGUCUGGAUUAAUCAUAGGGGCCACAAAAGCUGAAACUUUAUAAAUAAUUUUAAUUUAUGAUCAGAGGUCUGUUGAGUGUGCAAAGUUUUACUGUGUUCCGCUUUGCACAUACUAAAUCAAUUUCAACUUUUGUGGUAAACCCUAAAACAAUUUAUUGGACUUUUCAUAUUCCUGUUACACAUUUAACAAAAGUAAAUAAGAAAGCUUAGUCCCUAGUUAACAUAUAUCAUGCCUUAAAGUGUGGAAUCUCAUUUUUAUAAAAAAAUAAACAAAUAUUGAAUCAAACAUAGACUGACAUGUCAUUGAACCCGACUGCUUGCCGAAUGUGUCCAGAUCUCAAUCUUUCAUAACAGGUUGGCCUCUAAAUCCUACUAACUUAGUUGCAAUGAGACCAUAGUUACCAAUUGGUAAUAACUUUGUUGCAAUUAAUGUCACUAGAAUUUAGACUGAGAUAUAUAAUAAAGUGAAAAGAAUCAUUAAAAUAUAACUUCUUGUAGCAGGAUAUUUAGCAGUCCUUCCCUUCCCUUUUGGCAGCUUUUGAAAAAACCUUACUACCAAAACACUGAAGGAUUAUUUCAAUAAUAUUAUUUAAUUAUAUUUGCCCUUUAAGGUGCAACAUAUUUCCACCUACGCUAUUUAAAAGUUUAUCUUUUUCUAUUCUUCAUAAUCCGUGUAACAUUAUGCUAUGUGAAUCAACCCCCUUCCAUUGGGGGUUUGUUUGAGUCUUAUACUUGGUUAGACACAUCUACCUCGUAUAUUGAACUAGAAUUACAAAAUAAUUACAAUCAACAAAUGAUAUUUAUAAUAAAUUAGGUAUUCAAUUGAACACCAAAAGCUCUGCUAAGCAAUAUCUAGUUAUUUAUAAUUAAGAUACAACAUUCUUGUGUAAGAUAAAUGCCAAAAUUGGUGAAACAACACUUUUGCUAAGCUAGUUAAACUGGUGCUAAUCAAAUUUUAGACCAUACUUAAUUAAUUAAUUGCAAAGUCGUACUAUUGCUGAGUUGAUGAUGCUGCUUAUAUGCGGACCCUGAUGUACAAAAGAUGGCCUAUUGAAUAGGAAAGUGACUACUUUUUCACUUGCAAUGCGUGUUCACUUCAACUUUGCCAUAAAAAAAUAAUGAUCUUUGUUCAGUGUGCUAAAAGCAGGAAUUGUUAGUAAUUUAUAUUAUAAAACUCUAAAAAAGUCCAAUAAAUUUUAUACUUGUCAUAGUAUUGCUAUGAGGUAGAUUUAUUAUCGGGUACACAAACAGUACAUACAUUUUUGAUAUAUUGCUUGACUAUUCACCAUUUGGUCACUUAUGUUUUAAUAAUCCGAGAGUGCUUUGGGCGAAUUGUUUUAUAAUCUUGAUUAUAGCGACUGGAUUAGUUUGGAAUUACUUUAAGUACUGAUUUGAUGCGUACCACGAAAAUACUAUUGGCAUUUUAUUGUGUGGAAUAUUAAAACAAAUGUUCUAUGUUUUUUUACAAUGAAAAACUUGUAAUAUAAAGAAUGAAAAUGACUUAAAAGUAAAUUUAACAUAGAAUCAUUUGAAUGUAUGUUUGAUUACUCUUUAAUUAAUGUGAUUUGGUGAGAAGGGAUAUAAAGGGCAUAUCUCAGAGGAUACCUUCAAAUAGCUGGACUCUCAAAGUUUUGACAAUAAUAUAAGUUUAAAGAAUAUUGGGUAUGUUAAAUUAAGACUCACCAAAGACUUCCUAAAAAUAUUGAUUCCUAACCAAUAAAUGCCUGGUUUCAACAUAUUGCAUCAAUGUAAUUGCACAGUUAGAUCAUUGCAAUGUCUGCUAACAAAAUUAGAAUUGUCAACUACUUAAUAGAUUUGUUUUUGAUGUAGAAUCCAGGCCUUAGAUUAGAUAUUUGUCAGUUUUGCGUUUAAGUUAUGUAGUGUGUUCGUGGUACUUGUUGGUCAGAGCUAACCGUAGCUAGGGAUCUCCAAGGAUGUGUUUUAAUUUACUUUUUCACCUCCGAUAUAUUAUAUUUAUUAGUACAUAUAAAAAUUGUAUAUCAACUUUACAUCUAGUGCAUUUAAAUUGAACAAAAUUUGAUAUCGGAUUAGUAAAAAAAAGUUAUUCGAGCGUGUAUAUAAUCACUGCCAAAUGUGUUUAUUUAUAUUGUGUAUUGGAAAAGUAAAAUAGGACUGCUUGGGAAAGGUACUUAUUUAUUUUUGUGAUAUUGUGGUCAUGGAGCUAGUGUGAAAUUUUGAGUAGAGAAGUACUUUUGAUAAUUGCAAAGUGAUAAGUGUAGUAUAGGACUCCUUUACCUUCUAGUAUGGCAAUCCUAGACUUGCAGGACUCACUGUGGGGGGCAUGCAAAUCAUGUUCUCAUUCGUGUAUGUAAACUGUACUUGGUAAAUAUAAAGCAUGCUCUUAACAUAAUAUUAAGUUAUAUUACAACGGAAAAACAAUCUGGAAUACAUGACAUGUCUACGUGAAAUCCUGAAUCGUAAAUUUUGAAUCAACCGCAAAUCAACUGUCAAGUCUAGGUUGUCAAUUAUAAUAGGGUACUAUGGUACAAACAUUCAGCUUUUGUCAAAUACCACCUCAAAGUAUCCCACCAGAUCUCUGGCUAUAUAUUGUAUAGAUGAGGUGAAAAAGUAUAAUUAUAUUUUGUUCGGUAAUCUUGUGGAAUGGAAUAGUACUGCCAGAUUCACCGCCAAUAUGUAUGUAAAAUUGCAUUAUAGAUACUUUGUACAAAUUUUAAAUUAUACAAUAAAAUAAUUUAAAAAAAUACAUGCUCAUGUUUAGCAAUUUUGUGUUCCAUUGAGUAUGAAGAAUUUAACAUUACCAUCAAACUUAAUUAAUUUGUGGCGAUACAUAGCUCCAUAGCAGUACAUGGUGGAAGUGUGGUAGUGUAUUGCAAACGGGUUGUUAAGAAGUCUGCUUAUUAUUUAACUAUAGGCUUAUUUAUAUGCAACAUUUAAUAAUAUUAUUGCACUAGGUAAGAUCAUUUAUAGUGUAUACAGAGGUUAGUGAUAAUAACGGGCACCAUAUCAGCAUUAGGAAAGUCAAGCGAUACAUUUUUAUUUGAUUUAUAGUAUUGUGACCUAGACCACCCAAUGCGACGUUGUGUUGGGAAGCUUUCAGUGUGAUUGGAUGUGGUAUUGGUGACACGACUUGUAUCGCUGGUUCUUUAGUUUUGGCUCACAGGUUCUUGGGCAAUUGUUAUUACUUAAGCAGGCUCUACAUCUUCCAAUCUUUAUAAUUAUUUAUUAAAAUGGGGGGGUCUACGUCCAUCUGUUCCACAAAUUAUUUAAACAUUCGAUUGCUUUGUUACCUGAAAUUCAAACUUCAUACUCACAAUGCUACAUAUUUCUUUUUUGUCAAAUAUAAGCAUAUAUUUUUCAUAUUGAUGCUGAUUUGUUUGGACACAAAACUAAAACCUGUUUCAUUAACAUUUCUCAACACAUCCAAGUAAUGAAACAAACUGAUUAUUAGUAUGUUAGGAUCACGGUCAUACAUACACCAUCUUUGAAUAUUCCGAUUGAUGCAAACUUCCAAAAAUUGUGCGCUCAGGUGCCAUUUUUUGUUUAAUCAGGUGACGGUUUUGUUUAUGUCCAUUUUCUAUAUUAUUUCAUUCAUUAUAUCUCAUUGUAAUCUGUUGAUAAGUUCUUAGCAAAAUUGUUAUUUCUUAAAAAAAUCAUAAUAAUAAUGUUGCUAAGUAAUUAACCUAUAGAUUACAGAAAGAUAGACUAUAGAAAAUGGAUGAUAGUGUGCAAGAGAUUCAGCAUUUGAUUUUUAAGCCGGGUGCACAUACGUAUCACUCCGCGCGACACAGCUUAUGGUGAGUCUUAACAAAUCAUAGUAUUUUUUAUGCCUAUACACAAUACCUGACCUAACAUGUAGGUAAUUCGGUUGUACACAAAUCUUU